AUGGACGCGGCGGAGUCCACCGGCGGCGCGGCGGCGGUCGCGCGGGUGCGCGACGUGCUUCUGGGGAGGAUGCGGGGCAACGGCCUGCCCGCCGCCGCCGCGGCCGACGCGGCGGCGGUAUUCAGGGCGCGCGACGUGCGCGCGUUCUUCGCGAUGCCGCAGGACGCGCGCGACGCUGCGCUGGUUUCGGUGGGCGACAUCCUCCGCUCCGUGAACCUGCCACCGGGCAGCCCCUCGGCGGGCCCGCGGCGAGGGGGCGGCGGCGGCGACGGCGGGCUGCGCCUGCGGGGCGGCAGCCGCUCAGCGGCCGGCAGCGACGGGGGCGGCGGCAGCAGCGACGGCGAGGGGGAGGGGGACGGGGAGGGAGAGGCGGGCGAGGCGGACGCGGGGCCGGGGCUCGAGUUGGCGUCCGCGGCUGCAGUCGCGCCGCCCGCCAGCUGGCAGGAUGUGCGCGGCAUGUUCGCUCCGCCGCCCCGCCGGCACGUCGAGGCUCUGACCGCCCGCGUGCUUACGGGGUCGGCCGCGCGCGGGGCGGCCGGCGCGGGCGAGCGAGAGAGCGGCCCUUGGUCCCAAGGCGACGAGGAGGAGGGUGGUUAUGAGUACGCUGGGGGCGGCGCCGCUGCAGGAGGGUUUGAGGAGUUGGGUGAGGAAGGACCAGAGGAGGAGGACUCGGCGAGCACUGUGAUCUGCCCAGCCACAGAGGAGUCUGACGCUGAGGCGGCGGCGCACGACGGGCCCGAGGACGGCGCGGCGGCAGCGCCGCGGGCGGCGCUGGCGGCGCCGGCGGCGACGUGGGCGGCCCCGCCGUUUGGCGCCGGGCGGCCCCUGCCGCAGGGGCUGCUGUUGCCCCAGGAGCUUCGACUGGCGGCGGCCCCGGGGCCGCCGCAGCGGCGGCAGCAACAGCAGCAGCAGCAGCAGCAGCAGCAGCAGCAGCAGCAGCAGCAGCAGGCCCGCCGCCACCUGCGUGCCAGGCGUUCAGAAUCGCCGCUCGCGGCCGGCAAUCCGGAGGACGCCGCCGCCAGCGACGCGGAAGGCAGGCAGUCGUCAGGCGAUGAGGAAUGGUACGACGAGGCGGACCUGGCGGGCGCCGGCUGGUAUCCGGACCGCAGCCUGAGCCCAGACUCAGUUGACGCCGCCGCGCAGCGCCCACUCGCCGCCGCCGGACGCCUGGGCGGGUUUGCGCGGGCGCCCGGGCCGGGCACCGACGGAGGCGGCGAGGGGGGCAGCGGGAGCGGGGGCGAGGGCGGGAGCGAGGGCGGGGGCAGUUCGCUGCUGUAUGAUGAGUUUGAGGACGGCGACGGCGGCGACGAGCACGAGCAGCGCCGCGAGGCCGCGCGCCUGCUGGCCCAGGAGGACGGCUACACCCCGACCGACUGGCCGGCCCUCGCGCCGCCCCUCCCCGACGGGCCCCACCCCUGCGGGCCGGCCGUGGCGUACGCGGGCGCCGCCGCGGCCGUGCUGUGGCUGUGCGCGUGGUGCGCGCCGGCCGGCGGCGCGGGGGGCGGCGGGGCGCGGGCGGCGGCGCGGGGGGUCGUCGAGCACUGCAUCGACGAGGUGCUGGCGCGGCAGGGCGCCGCCGCGGCGCGGUGGCGCAGCCGGGAGCCGCUGCAAGGCGUGUAUGACGUUGCGGCCGAGCUGUACGCCGGGUUCGAAGACGUCCUGUUCUUCGCCUCGCAGGCGGCAGCGGCGCGGCCGCCUGUGAGGCGCUCCGCGCAGCCGGCGGAGGAGCUGAUGCGCUGGAUGGAGGACGCCGCGUGGAUUCACACCUGCAUGGUGGCGGCGGCGUCCGACGUGGGUCGGCCCGCGCGAGCGGGGGCGGGGCGGGGCGCGGCGGCGGCCGGGGUGGAGGUUUGGGUCCCGGCGCAGCUGGUCAUUCGCGUUGCUUAG